AUGGCGACGGUCGCCGCGUCCGUGUCCAUCGCGGCGUCGAGCUCCCUGGACAACCUGAGCGUCGGCGUCGGCUACUCGCUGAAGAGCGUGCGCAUCGGCUGGUCCCGGAACCUGCUCGUGGCCGUGAUCAACUCCACGGGCAUGCUCGUGACCAUGUGGGGCGGCAGCGAGCUGCGGCCCUACCUGCCGCCGGUGCUCGGCUCCUUCCUCGCCGGCUGCGUCUUCAUCGCGCUGGGGCUCUGGGAGCUGCUGCGCCUCUGCAACGUCUACCGCAUGCGGCGCGCGGCGCCGGGCGGCCGCGGCGGCGCCGUCGAGCUGAAGCGCGCGGCGCAGGAGACCAAGGAGGACGACGACGAGGCGCGGGGGCGGGCCCUCUCCGAGGACCUCGCGGCGCUCGCCGUCGUCGACGUCCCGGACGCCGCGCCGCCGCCGCCGCCGCGGCCGCCGCCGCCGCCGCCGCGCGCGGACUCGUGGCUCGCGGGGAGCUGCCUCCUGCCCGGGGACUGCGUCGUGCCGGACCGGGCCUCCCGGCCCGGCGGCGGCGGCCCCUUCGGCGAGACCGAGGACCACUGGGACCUCGUGGCCCGCGCGCGCGGCGGCGACGACGCGGCGGCGCCCGCGGCGCGGCCGGCCGCCGCGGACUCGCCGCCGGGCACGCCCUUCCACGGCUGGUUCACGAGGAAGUCGCUGGGCUCCGAGGUGAAUCUCAACGCGCUCUGCGACGGCGCGCCGCCGCCGCCGCCGCCGCGGCGGGAGCUCGCGCGGCCGGGCCACCGGCCGACGAUCCCGCGGCCGCGCGCGGACGACGACGACGACGUCGACGUCGAGGACCCGGAGCCCUGCGCGGCCGCCGCCGCGUUCGGCCGGCGGCCGCCGCUCAUGCGGCGCAUCUCCUACGUGGGCCUCGGCAAGACGCCGCCCCUCGUGCGCAACUUCCUGCUCAUCUCGUCCGCGUGCCGCCGCUGCCGCCGGACCCGGCCGCCGGCCGCGGACGCGGAGGAGCAGGGCGACGUGCACCACAUGGGCGCGUCCGAGGCCUUCGUCCUCGGCCUGGCGCUCACGCUCAGCAACAUCGCCGCGGGCAUCGCCGCGGGCAUGGCGCGGCUGCCCAUCCCGCUGACGGUCGCGGCGACGCUCGCGUGCAGCUUCGUCUUCAUGCUCGCGGGGCAGCGCGCGGGCGGCGCCGUGCGCGACAACGCGCGGCGCCACUGCAGCUUCGGCCACGACGAGAUCUCCGCCGCCUCGGCGCUCAUCUUCAUCGUCGUCGGCGGCACCGUUCGUUCAUUGAUGUACAGGCGGGGCAGCAUGUGGCGCUUUGUCGUCGCCCUCUUGGUGGUUGCGCGCGUCGCGGGCCUCGCGCCGUGCUCGCUGCCCUUCGUCGUCGACGGCGAGCCCGUCGUCGUCCACUGCGGCGGCCCGCACGCCGUGCAGGAGGCCGUGCACGCCUUCGCGCGACAGGUCGGCGCGGCGUCCGUCGUCGCCUGCCCGAGCGACGACGCGCGCUGCGCGGCCAUGCUCGCGGCGACGGGGCACGCGGCGCGUGGCGCGUGCGCGCCGGGCGCCGCGGCGUGCGCGAGGGCCGUCGCGGAGCACCGCGCGCUCGCCGCGCGGUGGCCUCCGCUCGCGCUCGCCGCGGACCCGUGCGGCGCGGCGCCGCCGGGCGGCGCGGCCGGGUCCGGAGUGCUCGUCGCGUCCAUCUCCGACCGGCCGGACGUCGCGGCGAUCGGCUGGGCGAGCUGGCGCGCCUACGCGGUACAACGCGGCUACGGGUUCUUUCCCGCGGACGCCGCGGGUCUCGCCGGCGCGGUCGUCGAGGAGCCCUACGGCGAGCUGACGGCGUCCCUGGCCUACUACCUCGCGUCGCGGAGCGGCCACUGGCUCAAGCUCUGGCUGCUCCGGCGGCUGUUGGACGUCGCGGACUGCUACGAGUUCGUCGUCGUCGUCGACGACGACGUCGUCGCGACGGACGCCGCGUACGACCUCGCGGCGGCGCUCGCGGACGUCCCGCCGGGCUACGUCGCCGCGGGCGCGGACCCGCUCUUGGAUGGGUUCAACACGGGCGUCCUCGCGGCGCGGCGCGCGGGCUCGGCCGACGUCGCGCUCAUCCUCGAGGCCGCGUGGCUCGAGCCGUUCCGCGGCGGCGGCGACGCCUGCUGGCUCGGGGCCUGCGCGCACUGGGACCAGGCGGCCCUCGCGUCCGUCCACGGGCGGCUCGCCGGCGCCGGCGGCGCCGUCGUCGUGCUGCCGUAUCGGGCGCUGCAGUCGUUCUGGAACGCGCGCGCCCGUGUGCGGUUGAUUCGGGACGUCCCGACCAAACUUUGA